AUGGAGCCAAGGAGCAACUUUGAAGAUUUGAUAACUUUCAUCAAGAGUUCUCAUAGAGAGCAUACAGCCUUGAUUGAUGAGAGAUUGGAGUCAGCUUUCACGAGAUUGAAUGAGAAGUUGGAUUCAAUUUCUUCUUUCACAAGAGACUUGGAUCUUAGAGUUGCCAACAUAGCCAGCUCUAUUAAGAGAGAAGAAGGUAUGCUACCAGGAAAAGUGGAAAUCAAUCCAAGGAGAGCAGCUGUAGCAGCUAUCACUCUUAGGAAUGGAAAAGGAAUAGAACCAGGAACUCAGGAGGAAGUGGAGAAGCCACCUGAAGAACCAAGAGUGUAUGAGCCAAAGAUCCCAUACAGAAAUGUUCUUUCUCAACCCAAGAAGGAGAAGGAGCAAGCAAAGCUCAAGGAUCUUGUUAGCCAACUUUCAGUAAGGUUACCUUUCAUUGAUGCUUGCCAAAUAAUUCCAUCUCUCAGGAAGUAUAUGAAGGCCAUACUCACAAGCAAUGUGAGUCUUGAAGAAGGAGCAAUGAUGAUUACAAAGGAGUGUAGUGCCAUACUUCAGAAUCGCAUGCCAGAGAAGCUGAACGACCCAGGGAGUUUUGUUUUGUCUUGCAAGAUCGGUUCUACACACUUCCAUAGAGCACUUUGUGAUUUGGGUUCAGUGUGA